UUGUUAGUUUUCAAGAUGUUCGCAAAACAAGUUAUCACCGCCUUAUUCGUGCUGCAAAUCGUCGCCAACAUAGCGGCACAAUCGCCGGCCAUAGUAAAUGGUGACGGCAUUGCGAUUUGGAAUGUUACAACCAAAACGGACGACUACAUCCAGGAGAAUCGCCGCCAAUACAAUGCUACACUUCAAAGCUAUUUGAAUGAAAUCAAUAGCAUCAAGAAGAGUCUGGAAGAUCAAUUGUUGGUGCUGGAUAAACAGAAGCAGCUGGUGCUCGACACCAUACAGGAAACCAAUGAAAAAAUCGAUCCUUUGGAAGUGCUCAGUUUGCCCACGAAGCAUUGUGUGCAAAAAUAUCGCCCCGAACUGCCUUACGCCAGUAUCGUGAAAGAUAAGAUUGAGACCUGCAUCAGCAGCGCACGCAGUUAUGCCACCAGCAUUGUCAGCACACCCAACAGUUACUACAACUCGCUGAACAAUUAUUACAACAUUGAUUUGCGUAACAGUCUCAACGCGUGCGCGAAAUCACACGCAAAUCCUUCGUUGAAUUAUACACUCUGCGUCACAACAGUGAUUUCCAAGGCCAACACAUACACCAUAACGAGUCGCAAGAACUUCGCGUCGUCCAUCGAGUCAUCGCACUGCAGUUUGAGCAGUCGCGUAGAUGUCGCUGUGAGCUGCACUUACACGCAGUACAAUUCGGUUUUGACAUCGAUCGGCGCGGCUACACGCUUGAUCGACGAGUGCAUUAACGGUUAUCUGGAGAAUACACAAUGUGUGAAUAACACCACCACCAUCGUUUAUGGCUGCCCUCAUGUGGUCUAUAUGGAAGUGAAAAAUGGCGCGCCCGCCAAUAGAAGCGCUAAUAAUCCCUUGGAGGGAUUACCAAGCAAUCAGACUUGCUUGGAAAUUCAAUUUGUGUAGAAAAGUGUACUACAAAAUAUCGCUAACACCAAAGGAUUUCUGCAGUGUUCUAACAGUCGCGUGAAAAAGUGUGUGUUUUCAUCAGUAUUGAAGCUUUAUGUGUUAAAAGGUGCUUUACUAUAUUUAAAAUUUAUAUAAAAUCUGUAAUAAAAUCGUUCUAGUGAAAAAUUA